CUUCUAAUCCAGUUGUGUAUUCUCUCUUAGUUGGUUAUCAAGAUGGCUGCGCCCUAUCCGUUACUCGCUGUACGAGGCACACAAGGGGUGCGUUUGCGUCGACCCACCGCCCCUCCAGAGGAAGAAGAAGAAGAAGCAAGUAGGAUUCAAUAUCCUAUAAGUCCUUCAAAAUUUUCUAAAGUGUGUAUAUUCAGUCAAGAUGGAAGUCUUUUUGCCUGGUGUGAUGGAAAAUGUGUGUCUGUGUUGGAGACUAGGACAGGAAAAGUGCUUCAUAUAAUUCAGAAGCCCAAGACAACUGCUUUGAGCUUCUCUCCAAGAGGAUCAUAUCUAGCCACAUGGGAGACCUACAUUGUUACAAAAGAUGUUCCUCCUGGUACUGCUAAUUUCCACUUGUGGCAUGUUAAAUCAGGAGAACUAGUGACUUCUUUUGUGCACAAGAAACUUGCAAACUGGAUGCCACAAUGGAGUGAGGAUGAGACUAUCUGUAGCAGAGAUGUAAACAAUGAGGUUAUGUUUUAUGAAGUACCAAAUUUUAAACAAGCUGCUAACAGGCUAAUUCUAGAGAAAGUCUCUAAUUGUUUCAUCUCACCUGGUGAAAGUCCCUUUAAGAUAGCAGCCUAUGUACCAGGUAGCAAAGGAGCACCUUCAUUUGUGAGAAUGUUUAAGUACCCUAACCUUAAUGCAGUUGGUGCUGCAAUUGCCAACAAAAGUUUCUUCAAAGCUGAUAGAGCUGAUGUUUUAUGGAACAAAAAAGGUUCUGCCGUUUUGAUAAUUACUUCCACUGAAGUUGAUUCAACUGGCGGAUCAUACUAUGGAGAACAAGGCCUGCAUUAUCUCGCUGUCAACGGCGAGAGUAGUGGAGUAGCUCUUGGUAAAAAGGGACCAAUUUACAGUGUUGAUUGGAAUAAUAACUCAACAGAAUUCUGUGCUGUCUACGGCUUCAUGCCAGCUAAAGCAACGCUCUUCAACCUCAAGUGUGAGCCAAUCUUUGACUUUGGCACAGGACCUCGGAAUUCAGUGUUCUUCAAUCCGCAAGGAACAAUUCUUUGCAUUGCUGGCUUUGGAAAUCUCCGUGGCAAUAUGGAAUUUUGGGAUCGAAGCAAAUUCAAAUUAAUUUCAAAACCUCAGGCUUCUGAUUCUACAUUCUUCCAAUGGUGUCCAGAUGGGGAGCACGUGGUUACAGCUACGUGCGCUCCACGACUACGACAAGAUAACGGUUUCAAAAUUUGGCAUUACAGUGGUGAAAUGAAAAAAUCAUCUUCUAUCAGUGCUGGGGAGGAAUUGUGGGAGGUCGGAUGGCAACCAUUCCCUCCUGGUGUGUUUGCAGCGAAACCCAUCAUACAAGCAACUGUAUCAGUUGCACAGGUCGAAGCAGCUAAGCCUGCAGUUUACCGACCUCCAGGUGCUAGGGGGUUGCCCCCAACAAAAAAGCUAUCUGAAUUAGAGCCAGCUCAAAAUAUGAAGAAAAAUGCUGUCGAUGAAUCCAAUUUAUCAAAAUCAGCCUUGAAGAACAAACGGAAAAGAGAGGCAAAAGCUAAAGCUAAGGAACAACAAAUACAGGAUAGUGCCUUGGCCUCCCGGUCCAGUGAUCAACGUGAUGCUAUUGCCAUGACAAACUAUAUUGUCGGUGGAUCUUAUUCUCAGCAGCAACCAACUAGUGGAGAUGACGCAGAAAAAGAAAAGAAAAUCAAAGCAUUAAACAAGAAAUUGAAAGCAAUUGAGAAGUUAAAAGAGCAGCAAAAAGAUGGAAAAGAGCUGGAGAAGAAUCAGCUAGAAAAACUGAAAACUGAAGAAAAUCUUUUAUCGGAACUGCAGCAGCUUCAACUUUCCUAACAUAUUAUCACCAAACACACAAUGACAAAUUCUACUACCAUCCAAUUAUAUUAUAUUGCCUGUAAUUCAUGGCCUAUAAAGUGAUGUACACAAUAAUAUUAUGUUUAACAAAUUAAAGCAGGACAAACACUGUGCCAACAUGAUUUUAUGGAGAACUCAAUGCGACUUCUAGGCAUGUGCCACGGGUCGUUCUUCAUAACGUUCCACUAGUGCUGCCAUAUUCAAUCAGUAGACAGUGUUGCAUCAUCAAGACUUCAUCACAGAGAGCAGAGAUGAUUCAUCAGCCGAAGGUGGUACAACUGACACAGUGUGUUCCUGUCUUUGAGCUAUUCGUAUAUCUUCUGUUGAUUAAUAUAAUGCUAUUGAUAUUAGUUUCUCUCCAUAAAAUAUAACGCAGUAAUUGCUAAUACUGUAUCACACAUUACAGUACAGCAAAUUAGAUGAUAAUGCUAUUGAAAUUUUAAAACUGUAGUUUAAUAUUAAUAAGCGGCCUUGCAUUCGUUUUUGACAACAUAUAAUUUUAUUAUUCAAGUGGCCUUGCAUUCAAUGUCAAGUAAUGUGCAUUUAUUUACAGAACUGAGCAACAAGUCUAUUUUAAUACACAGAAAGUAAAAGUAGGGGAUGGUGAUACUAGUUGAGGUAGUUAUUGACACAAGUGUUUGUGUACACUUCCUUUGAAGGAGAGUACAGUUAACACAAAAGCUUCUGUCAGUAUCUCUACUAAUCUCAAAAGUGCUACUUUAUUAUUUGACUGAACACUGUAAAUGUUUACCAUUAAAGGGAUAUCCAUCAGGGGUGGUGCUGGUAGUGUUGGGAGCGGUGGGGGCCCAAGGCUCCUGUUAGGGAGCCUUGAGCCUUGUUAGUUAGAACUGGGAGAAAAAACUAUUUGUUAGGGGCGAACAAUAAAGCUAUGUAAUUUUUACAGAAUUAAGAAUUGUAAGAUAAAAGGUAUUCUUUACAAUUAAACCAGUUUUAACAUUUUAAAACCAGAUUAAAAUCCUAUGAUCAAUUGACACUCUUUGGUUGAUUAGGUAAGCCUUUCAAAUCCUUAAGUUGUCCGACCCUUCAUUGAUGGCGCCACCACUGUCAUCCAUUUUCUCAUCAUUUUCGAAAAAGUACAAACACACCUUUUUAUGUGACACCCCUCCCCAAGAACUGAAAUUCAGGUAUGCAAAAAAAUCAACAUAGUAAACAUCUACAGUAAAUAUAUAAUAUACAGAAUAAGAAAGGCAAAGAUUGAUAAGAGCAGAAGAUAAUUCCAUAAAAAGAGUACCAGUCACUAAUACCUUCAGUAUGCAAAAAUACAACAAAGAAUACUGUAUACAGAAAUACAAGGUUGCAUUCACAGUCAAAAGGGGCAUAACAAUCCUCUAAAGAGUAUGUAAUAUGAUUUUUUUUUGGUCUUGAUAAAGAAGGUACAUCGCUCUCUACCAUAUGGUUUCUACUCUUGUGAAAAUAAUUAAUAAAGGAUGACGCCUAACUUAGAUUGGGAAUCAGAUUUUGUUAAAAACAUAAUACUGUAUAUACUAGUCAUGUUGUUGUGUAAAGCACUGCCACUACAUAGCAUAGGCCAACUGUUGUUUAUUCAACUUUCUGUUACAAAGGUAACUCUUACAUCAGAACAGUGUUUUUUUUGGACAGUUGGCUUUGUCUCUUCUGUUUAAGGACAUUCUUAUCAAUAAAUUGAAAAAUCAUGAAAAAGCCAACGUAAUUGCAUUUUUACUAAAAUAAUAUAUUCUCAUGUUUUGUAAUGUUCACAUAUAAUGUAAAUUAAUAUUAUGUACUACUCAAGAUGUAAUUAUGUGAUGUUACAAAUACUAGAUAUACAGGUGGUUUUAAAAUACGGACAACUACUUAAUAAAAAUAAAUAAAUUUGAUUUGAAGGGAUCAUGUCAAAUUAAAAAAACCCACAGAUCGAAACAAAUAAAGUGUUGCUGAUUUACAGGCAUU